AUGAUUGAGGUUGAAGAGGAAGAAGAGGUAUUAGAUGUAGAGGUAGCCCCAGAGGCUGAGCCUGAGGAAGAACCUGAGGCAGAACCAGAGGUGCAUGAGGAAGAGGCCUAUGAAGAGGAAGAGGAAAAGCCAAAAUUCAGACCCAGUGCACCAAAAAUCCCAGAGGGAGAGAAAGUAGACUUUGAUGACAUCCAGAAAAAGCGUCAGAAUAAGGAUCUCAUUGAGCUGCAGGCGCUCAUUGAUGCCCACUUUGAAUGCAGGAAAAGGGAGGAGGAGGAACUUAUUGCCCUGAAGGACAGAAUUGAGAAACGUAGGGCUGAGAGAGCAGAGCAGCAGAGGAUCCGUGCUGAAAAGGACAAAGAACGGCAAGCAAGACGUGAGGAGGAAAGGCUGAGGAAAGAAGAGGCAGAUGCAAAGAAGAAGGCAGAAGAUGAUGCGAAGAAAAAAUCUGUUCUGACAAGCAUGGGCUCCAACUACAGCAGCUACCUGCAGAAGGCUGACCAAAAGAAGGGAAAGAAACAGACAGAGAGAGAGAAAAAAAGAAAGAUCUUGGCUGACAGACGCAAGCCUCUAAACAUUGAUCAUUUGAAUGAAGACAAGCUGAGGGAUAAAGCCAAGGAGCUGUGGGACUGGAUGUACAAUCUUGAGUCUGAAAAAUUUGACCACAUUGAGAAGUUAAAGAGGCAGAAGUAUGAGGUCAUAUCACUUCGCAACCGUAUUGACGAGCUGCAGAAGCACUCCAAGAAGGGUGCUGCUGCUCGUCGUAGAAAGUAAACUGUUGAUGGAAAAGACUGUACCACUUGAAGCAAUGGCCUGAUUACUCAUCUUCCUCUAACUGUUCUUGUUAUCUUCAGACAGCUGAAUUUUGACUUUGAAACCAUGUUAAUCUGGGUCCUUUGGCUUCUAACCACUGUACCGGGUAGAUUUAUAAAUAAAAAUUUUAGAUCUCCAACUUUC